AUGGCCGCCGAAGAAUCCCACGCCGAGCUCAAGCAGCAGGGCAUCAUCGAAACGGCUCAGGCAGCUGCCCAAGACCCCCAGUCACAGAUUCAACCUGAAUUGGUGGAGCAGAAACUCGUGGACGAAAGCCGCAAGGCUGGUGCUGUAGCAUAUCAGUUUGACCCGAACGCCUCUCCGGAAGAGAAGGCGAAAAUAACUCGUUCCGUAAUUCCGCCAGGCUUUCAUAAUCCAAAUAAGGCAAAAGGAGUUGCUUUAACAACGGAUAAAGAUCUAACGGGACCGGUUCAAUACGACUUGCCACCACCAAGCCAAGCUACAGAGGAAGUCAAUGAAGCAUCCAGCGAGAAAGAACAACUGCAGAAUGGACAGUUGACGGAAGAUCAACGCUGGGCCCGCGAUCGCACUGGAUGGGCGCCCCAAUUUAUGAAACCAGACCAGGCGAAGCUAGAAGAUGGGGAUACAUUGUUAGACCAUCGAACUUUCUUGGAGGACAAGAUCAGCGAUAAGUUUUUUGGAGAUUGGUAUCACAAUGCUGCCGUCAUCGUCUUUGCUUGCCUCUCAUCUUGGAUUAUUGCGGUACUCGGGGGAGGCCUCGGCUGGGUCUUUUUGGUGAUGGCAGCGUGUGGCACAUAUUAUCGAACUUCCAUUCGACGUGUUCGCCGCAACUUCCGCGAUGAUGUCCAUCGAGAAAUGGCCAAGCAGCGGUUGGAAACGGACGCAGAAAGCUUGGAGUGGAUUAAUGGAUUUUUGCUCAAAUUCUGGCCAAUCUAUGCGCCCGUCCUGUGUGACACCAUCAUCACCUCAGUUGAUCAGGUGUUGAGCACGGCAACCCCGGCCUUUCUUGACAACCUACGCAUGAAAACUUUUGUCCUUGGAACCAAGCCUCCACGUUUAGAGCAUGUCAAGACCUACCCGAAAACUGAGGUUGACACUAUUAUCAUGGAUUGGAAGUUUAGUUUCACGCCAAAUGACACAAUGGACAUGACAGCGCGCGACCUCAAGGACAAAGUCAAUCCUAAAGUCGUCUUGGAGGUCCGAAUCGGCAAGGGCGUCAUCAGCCACGGUCUGGAUGUCAUCGUAGAGGAUUUUGCUUUUUCGGGAUUAAUGAGAGUCAAAGUGAAGUUGCAAAUCCCUUUCCCUCACAUUGAACGCGUCGACGUGUGUUUCUUGGAACGUCCCGAUAUCGACUACGUCUGUAAGCCGCUUGGUGGAGAAACUCUCGGCUUCGAUAUCAACUUUAUCCCAGGUUUGGAAAGCUUCAUUAAAGAGCAGAUCCAUGGGAAUCUCAGCCCAAUGAUGUACGCCCCCAACGUUUUCCCGAUCGAGAUCGCCAAGAUGUUAGCCGGCAAUCCUGUGGAUCAAGCAAUUGGUGUUCUUGCAGUCACUCUUCAGAGCGCCUACAACUUGAAAGGUUCAACCCGAUUAGGGAAUACCAUCGAUCCAUACUGCUCUGUCUCUAUCAAUAACCGGAAGGAAUUGGCUCGUACGAAAACUAUCCAAGACACUACCGAGCCACGCUGGAAUGAAACUGUAUACGUUAUCAUCACUUCAUUCACCGACGCCUUGACCAUCGGCAUCUUUGACUACAAUGAUCUUCGAAAGGACCAAGAGCUGGGUAUCGCAACCUUUCCGCUUGACAAACUGGAAUCAGAGGCCGAGCAUGAAAAUCUGGCUUUAGACGUUUCAUACAGUGGUCGGAAUCGCGGUGUUUUAAAGGCUGAUGUUCGAUUUUUCCCUGUGUUGCAAGGCCGCAAACUUGAAGAUGGUACAGAGGAGCCGGUGCCGGAGCUGAACACAGGUGUUGCACGAUUUACCGUGGAACAAGCGAAAGAAUUAGAUGGAAGUAAGAGCCUAGUAGGCUCUCUCAACCCUUACGCUGUUUUGUUGUUGAACGGCAAGGAAUUACACAUCUCGAAGAAAUUGAAACGCACCAACAACCCUAUCUUCCAGGACGCAUCAAAGGAAUUGCUCAUCACUGACAGAAAGCAUGCCAAACUAGGUCUUGUUAUCAAGGAUGAGCGUGAGUUAUCGACUGAUCCAAUCAUUGGAAGAUACCAAAUCAAACUGGAUGAUAUGCUUCGGAUGAUGGAAAAGGGCCAGGAAUGGUAUCAAUUAGCUGGUUCCAAGAAGGGUCGUGUUAAAAUGACGGUUGACUGGAGACCUGUCGCUUUGCGUGGUAUCGCUGGAGGCGCAGGCUAUGUUCAACCAAUUGGCGUGAUUCGUGUUCAUUUUAAAGGUGCCAGUGAUUUACGAAAUUUCGAGGCCAUCGGGAUGUCGGAUCCAUAUGCUCGCGUUUUGCUCAAUGGCAUACCUGGUGGUCGUACUGUUACUUAUAAGAACAACCUCAACCCCAAUUGGAACGAGAUUGUGUACAUUCCAGUCCACAAUACACGGGAGAAACUAACACUCGAGGUCAUGGACGAAGAGAGCAUGCAGAGAGAUCGCACUCUUGGUCAAGUGGACAUUGCACUAUCGGACUAUGUGCAUGAGGACGAAAAUGGCGAAUAUGAGGUUGAUGACGAGAAACAAGAGGUGAAGAGUGGUCUUCGCAUGAACGGACGUGGUGCCGCUAAGGGAUUCCUCAACUACACCAUUGCUUUCUACCCCACUGUGAAUGUGUAUAAUCCCGAGGAGGACGAAGAGUCUGAAGAAGAUGACCUUGCUACCGUUCCAUCCGAGGGCCUCUCGAAGAAAAAUAGCAUUGACUCCACUUCUGCUCGUCAAAGUCUUCUCCGAAGAGGGACCGAUGCCUCUCGCGGUAGCGUGGAUGUUACGUCGAAUGGCCGACCCAGCGUCGAUACAACUCUUUCUAAUAAAGUCGAAAGCAAUGGAACGCCACCCUCACCAGGGUCGCCGAAGACUGCAGUGGCAAAACAGGCGCCUAAAAUUCAUAUUGAGGCCGCGGAUUUGCCAAAGUACGAAUCUGGGUUGGUUGUGUUCAAGGUCAUCGAUGGACAACUAUCUCACGCAAAUGUCUAUCUUGAGGUGAUCGUUGAUGAUCAUAUGUUCCCAUCGUAUACAUCAAUGAAAAUAAAGUCUAAAACUGCAACGUUUGAAGAUGUCGGCGAUGCAUUCAUCCGCGAAUUAGACAUGUCACAGAUUACCCUUCGACUGGUUGAGGGUACCAGCGACAAGGAAGAGAAGCACGUUCUUGCCCAACUGACUGGGGAUACUUUGACCACGCUACAGCGAUGUCUUCAUACACCCACCGAACUAGUCCUCCGGUCCGAUAAUGGUGCAGUCAGCAAGAUCAAAGUCAGUCUUCGAUUCAUCCCAGUUAUGAUGAAGCUGGAUCCCAGCGAGUCAAUCAACAAUUCGGGCGAACUCAGCGUCCAUGUGCUUGACGCAACAAAUCUUCCGUCAGCUGAUCGAAACGGUUUCAGCGACCCUUACUGCAAGUUUAAGUUGGACGACAAGGAAGUGUUCAAGACGCAUGUCCAAAAGAAGACGCUUCAACCUGUGUGGAACGAAUUCUUUGUGACGUCAGUCAAAGCUAGAAUCGGCGCUGACUUCCGCGUGGAUGUAUAUGAUUGGGACUUUGGAGACAGGGCCGACUACUUGGGUGGAGCUCCAGUCGAUAUUGAGUCCCUAGAACCGUUCCAGUCAAAGACCGUUAGCAUUGAUCUGGACGGCAAGUCAGGGUCUAUUCGCCUACAACUCCUUUUCAAACCGUCUUAUGUCACACGAACCCGUCAAGGCCACUCGACCAUGUCUGGUACUUUUGCUACUCCUGGUAAACUCGUUGGAGCUCCAGUCAAGGGUGUGGGUAUGGUCGGUGGGGGCGUCAUCAAGGGUGCCUCGUUCCUUGGUCGAGGGCUAAAGAAUCGUCUCCACACUCACAAGGAGAGCGAGGUGACUGCGAUCGAAGAACAGUCCCCCCCAGCAACGCCCAACCGCAAUGCCGAUGGUGGUAUUUCUCGCGUUCCGGGGUUGGUUGUAGAGCCAAGCACGCCGAAUACACCUGAUAGCCUACAGCGCCGCCACAGCCGUACCCGAAGCAUCAUAUCUCAAUUCGGCGGUGACAAAGGUACCCCUGGAUCGCUCGGGGCAGAUACAGGAACGGCAGUGUUUACGAUAUCGUCUGCGAGUGGAUACCCACCAUCCACUAAUCUACGCUGCCAUGUUCGUCUCUUGGGUAGCAAGGGUGCCAAGGAAGUGCACAAAACCAAGGCAGUGAAAAACUCCACCGGCUCAGUCCAGUUUGAUUCAUCUCAUGAGACUUUUAAAGUCCCUUACGUUUCAGCUGAUGCUCAGUAUCAAUUGAAAGUUGUGGAUCACAGCACCUUUGGUUCAGACACCAGUCUUGGUGAGGCGCUCUUUUUUGUCGAUGACCAAGGGUCUGUCAUGAGCAAAGAAAAGACAGUGAGCGUUGGCUCGGGCAGUGUCAUCAUCAAGAGCAGCUUCACACCCAGUGAGCCGGCGAACGGUCGACCCAGCACCUCUCAUUCAGUGAACCUGGACCCAUUGGAUGCCAAUGGCGAUGCCUCUGACAAGAAACGUCGAAGCUUUUUGUCGAAGCGCAGUGUCAGUGGUGCGUAA